CCAGUAACCUCAUUUGUUAGUGAAAGUGUUACGGAUACACAGAGUCGUUCCACAUAGCUCUCAGGUAUCUUUUGUCUUGUCUUUAAAGGCUGGUGAUAAUCAUCUUCUGUUUACGAGUGAAUAAUCACUAGUCACUACUUAAUGUCCUCACAUGAACUUAUUCCUUCACUUAGGUGGAGCUUUACACCUAGCAGCCAAAAUAAUAAGUCCACCCUGGGACCUCCCGUGAAAAAGUGGAAUUCCAACAACUUAAUUUCCCUGGCCAGUCAAGCCUUAGCAGUUCCUUCUUUCCUUCUGGUUUUAUGAUUAUUUGUCUUCAAAAAUGGAAUUGAAAACCAGAGCUGUUUGUUAGGAUUACACAACAGCGCCCGACUUGUGAAUGCAGAUCUUCCUGCUUUCCCGAUUCGCUUCUUUCCCAGUUAGCUUUGGAAUGUGAAUCAGUGUUAUUUCCCUUGCAGCUGAAGGGCAGCUAAGGUUACAAAGGGAUUUGACUAAUAGGCCAAAACUCCCUUUGGGUUUGCUGAGAACCAAACGAGAGAAAGGAGGAAGACGACAGAGGUGGGUGGGCAGGAAACCUUUUUGAUUGCAUUACCGUGUAGAUAAAUUCAAACAGCCCUCUUAAUAUAUUCAUCAUUAUGUGGCCAUUAAUUGAAAGGAGGGAUGGCCUCCUGCCAGUGUAGCCCGCGAAAGGCAGCUGUGAACUGGUUCUGCUGGGCUGCUUUUCCUGACGACUGCUUUCGGCUUGCUCGGCAUGAUUUGGUGAAGCUAGUCUCUUUAAUAAACCAGCAGCUGUUUACCUGAUAGCCAAACCAGGAGCUGAAAAUGUUCCUUCUCUGCAAAUUCCAGGAGCUUGCAGUUGGGUGACAACUCCUGAAAGCAAGCAAGCAAGCAAACAAGCCAACAAACAAAAGACUAAGAAGAGAUAGAGAGGAAGGAAAAUAAAAUACCUCGCUGGCUUCUCUUCCCCCCACACACUUUUUUUUUUUUUUUUUUGGCUGAUGUUCCAGCUGUAGCCUGGGAUUAAUUAAGUGUUGUAACUUGCAGCCUGAGACCGAGGGAGAGUGAAAAAUAUGCAUCUAUCUCUGAGGAGGAAGAGGUCCAGCAACUGCUUCAGCUCACUCACUAGUGGGGAAACUUCGGAAAGUCAGUCUCUGUACAGCGUUUGUCAGGAAGCAGUAAGGCUGGAGAAGCCUCUUUCUCAGCUGUGAGAACCCAUUUUUGUUGUUUUUAUGUGUGUCUAGCCGUGAAGUGUGUCCCUAGUCCAGUAGCGGGAGCAGCCCUUUCUGGAGAGCACAGAACAGGAUGCCUGUGUUAGAUCGGUUUUUUAAUUCAACAGAGCUGAGCAGGCAGUGGAGGACAGGGGGAGAGCCGAUGCCCUUUCCCAUGGGCAGCCUGCCCAGCUAUCAGGCGGGCACCUUAGCCUGCGAGUUGCCUGAGAUGAUCAGGAUGGUAAAGCUCAUUCGGAUGUCCAGUAGUGAGCUGCGAGGGACAAAGCACAGAGGGAUUUUGGAAAGUGAAGACACUCUGGACGGUUUAUCAGGAGAUGCACGGGUGAGAGGUCAGACAGUGGUUCUCUCUGAGCGCCGUGGUUCCUAUCCAUACAUAGACUUCCGUCUUCUCAACAAUACAACACAUUCAGGGGAAAUUGGCACCAAGAAAAAAGUGAAAAGACUGUUAAGCUUUCAGAGAUAUUUCCAUGCAUCCAGGCUACUGCGUGGAAUUGUACCACAAGCUUCUCUGUACUUACUGGAUGAAGACUACCUUGGACAAGCAAGGCACAUGCUAUCCAAAGUGGGAAUGUGGGAUUUUGACAUUUUCUUGUUUGACCGUUUGACAAAUGGAAACAGCCUGGUAACAUUGCUGUGCCACCUCUUCAAUGUGCAUGGGCUUGUUCACCAUUUCCAGUUAGACAUGGUUACAUUACAUAGGUUUUUAGUUAUGGUUCAAGAAGAUUAUCAUAACCAAAACCCAUACCACAACGCUGUCCACGCUGCUGACGUCACUCAAGCUAUGCACUGCUAUCUAAAGGAGCCCAAGCUUGCCAGCUUCCUCACCCCUCUGGACAUUAUGCUUGGACUGCUAGCUGCUGCAGCUCAUGAUGUAGACCAUCCUGGGGUCAACCAACCAUUUUUGAUCAAAACCAACCACCACCUUGCCAGCUUAUACCAGAAUGUCUCUGUGUUAGAAAAUCAUCACUGGAGAUCCACAAUAGGCAUGCUGCGAGAAUCAAGGCUCCUUGCCCAUCUACCAAAGGAAAUGACCCAGGAUAUUGAACAGCAGCUGGGCUCCCUCAUCUUGGCAACAGACAUCAAUAGACAGAAUGAGUUUUUGACCCAGUUGAAAGCUCACCUCGAAAAUAAGGAUCUGAGAUUGGAGGAUGCACAAGAUAGACAUUUUAUGCUUCAGAUCGCACUGAAGUGUGCUGACAUUUGCAAUCCUUGCCGGCUCUGGGAGAUGAGCAAACAGUGGAGUGAAAGGGUCUGUGAGGAAUUCUACCGGCAAGGUGAUCUGGAACAAAAAUUUGAAUUGGAAAUAAGCCCUCUGUGUAAUCAGCAGAAGGACUCCAUACCUAGUAUACAAAUUGGUUUCAUGACCUACAUUGUAGAGCCACUCUUUGAGGAAUGGGCCAGGUUUACAGGAGACACUCCCCUUUCUGAAAAUAUGCUAAGCCAUCUCAGGAGGAACAAGGCCAAGUGGAGGAGUUUUCUCCACAAGCAACACAGCAGUAGCAGGAGCAAUGACCACUCAGGUCAAGUGACUGAAAAUGAAGAGCAGACUUUAAAUGAAGGUGACAUCCCAUAGUGCCAGUUUUGACUCUUUCUUAUAGUACUGCUGUCUCCUCUUUGCUAGUCACAAAAGUAAGCCACAUCGUCAGGAGCUGCAAAGCCAUCAUCAACAAUGCAGAAAGGGAAGAAAAAAGGAAGCAGAAGCUAUAAGGGCCCUGAUGAAUAAACCCAUCUACUUCUGGGUUUCAAAUUUGAGCUCCUUUGAAUUCACUUCCUCUUCUUCCUUACACUUCUACAUAUAUCUGAAGCCAUUCAUCACUUCUGAUCACUGACUGCUUGAAUAAGGAACUCUGUUCACGAGUGAUGAAGCUGGGCCAGUAAGUGGCUACCAACUGACUGGAAAGGAUUAGAGAGAAAGCAUGGGAGAGAAAGAAGUGCUCUUGCCAACAUAAUUCAUUCACCUUGGCUCAUAUUGUGACAGGUAGCUGUAUAUAGGCCCAGAGCACCAUACAUAGUUUUCAGUCUGGCAGCUGGACUGCGCAUUAAAUUACCAGCAUCUUUGGAACUCAGAGGACAUUGGCUGAGUGAGAGUGCACAGAGGAGAGAAUCUCAUUAUUUUAAUAAUUAAAAAACCUUUUUAACUUUUGUAUGCUGUGCACUAGACAACAGAUCUAGAGAACUUGGACUGAAGUUACUCAUGUACACACAGCUCAAGCCUCAUUUGGUUAAUCAUUUUUAUGCCACUUUAGAUAAGAAAGGAACAUCUUCUCACUGCAGGGAACAGUGGUUCCUAGCAAACGAAAGGGAAGAUGUUGUACAGCCUAAACCUUUGUGACAUUACCAGAUCUUUCUGAUGACUCUGUUUCAAUUACAUGUUUAUAUCCAUGUGUACAUUUUCUGUAAAUACAAAGCGCUACUGAUUUCCAUGCCAAAAUACUGAAGUAUUGUGGGAUUGCUACCUGUAUAAACAAUGGCACUGUGAA